AUGGCUGUGGAAGCGGGUUUGGAAAGGAAACACUAUGAAAUAUGCCAAGAACUGCACACCUACUGUUCUGGCCCAGUGUCCCCGCUGUGGGAGGAGCUGAGCAGCAGCUCAGGUCAGAGGGGUGAGGGCUGUUCAGCUCCACUGCAGCCCAGGCCCACCCCACCACCAGGCCCACCAGGCCUCACCCACCACAGGCCCACCCCACCACCAGGCCCACCGGCCCACCCACCACCAGGCCCACCAGGCCCACCCCACCACCAGGCUCACCCCACCACCAGGCCCACCCCACCACCAGGCCCACCCACCACCCGGCCCACACCACCACCAGGCCUGCAGGAAGUGACAGCAGGGAGCCAGAGGCAGCCCUGA